UGCCAUCAUCUCUACCCUGGCCAUUGUCAAUGAACCUGUUGAUGCUCUGACCCUAGAGGAAUAAUGGGAGGUGGUGGAGGAGGUGUGCAGAGUCCUGGAAACCUUUGAGCAGGGCACUGUGGAGAUCAGUGGUGUGAGCCUCAAAAAUGAUACUCCUGUGUAAGGGUCUGCAGCGAAUCACAUCCAGCCACCAGAGAGAAGCAAAUGUAACCACGGGAUAUGUGACAGAGUGGAUGGACACCCUAUGUUCAUCAAUGGACUGAAAGUUCCACAGAAUGGAAUCAUGUGCUAUCAGAAACUGUUGCACUUGACCCCAGGUUUAAGAAGUUAGCCUUCAGUGAUGCCAGAGCGAUUGAUUAGGCUCUUCGAAGAAUAACCUCAGCAGCAGGGAGGGACAGGCCCAGCAGUCAGCUGGCUCAGGCACCAGGGAAACAGGAAGAAGAGGGAUCAGAUGGAGCAGAAGCACCAGCAGUAGUGCCACAAACGUCUGCUGUUUGGAUGCUGUUAGAUGAAAGAGCAACUGGGUCAGAAAUGUGCAAGUGAAAAAUGUGAGGUUGCCAGGGUUACAGUGCAGAAUGUGUCUCAUGCUGAGGCAUUGAGGAAAGGAGAUGUUGAUGGGGAAAGAGUGAGGCCGGGUGAGGGAGCCUGAGAGGAUCCCUGUGACUCGUAGGCAGGAACAGUGACCAGGACAGUUUGUACUUUAGUAAGUUUGGUUUAUUAUCAUUUAUUACUAAGGUCAUUAAUUGUACCACAAAGAUGUAGAAGAAAUCCAAGAAGAUAGGUUUGGUAGUAGUAGCAGCAGCAGAAACGUUUUUGGGUGUCAGAUUUGGGUGCAAAAGAACUAUACAGGGUUUUGAGAGAAGGGGUUCCAGCCUCCCAAGCCGACGGCCUAUGGUGGGAAAUAUGUAGGGUUAGAUGGUGGUGCUCUUUUUUUCGUGAACAAAAUGUGCAAUUCAAUCUCUGACCUGUGAAAGGCAGCAAAACGCAACAAAGCGUCUAGUCGGCCGGAAAAUCACAUGAAGAAGACCAUUUAAACGGAAGUGAACAGUAACCAAGAACACUUUUUACGUUAUCCUUUUUAUUGUUGUUAUUUAGACGUUUAUUAAAACCCUGCAUAGCAUCACAUACUUACCCCAGGUACUAUUUUAUUCGCGUUGGAGAAAGGUUAGGUUGAUGUUAUCUUGGUAACGCUAGGUAGCUAGCCUCUAACAAUGGCUGACUGUAUGGUUUUUCACACUCAAAUAGCAUCCAUUAUGGAGGUGCUAGCGAAUGCAGCCGUGGCAGAGAUCUGUAAACUCGUAGAUGAUGACUAUGCAGUGUUUCGUUUGGAAAUAACUCAAAGACAAAAAGAAAACAGGGCAUUGCAGAGGAAACUACAGCUACUGGAACUGAAGGUGCCACGGGACCGCGCUGACAAGACAAUGCGAGAGCGCGUCCUCGCCAGUCGUCCCAGAAGUGUCAAGAUCCUCGACAGAUACAGAGGAACCGCAAGAGUUGAAGGACUUCUUACUGGAGGCCACAGGAGCUUUGUGAAGCCAGCGGGACACAAUACAUGUAGAGAUGACCAACCAAUCACUGUUGAUGAGGGUGGUGGAACCUCAACCCAGCAUGUUAUCGUGAUAGAGGAUGCAGAGGCUGCAGGUCCUGAGGUCAAGCUGGAGAGGACUCAAGAAGAGGAGGACCCACGGCACAGCAGAUGCCACUAUACUGGAACGGCUGGAGCACCCCCUGUAGCCACAGAGGACCCCACCACCGCCCCAGCGCCACCCAUUACCCGACAAAACAUCACGGAGGAGGAGGAGAGUCCAGAGGUGCCGCUCAUGAAGGAGGAGGGGUGUGAGGAGGGUCUGGGGAACCCUGAGGGGAACAUGGCCAUGGACGAAAACCAGACUACACCUCCUCCUGAACCUACAGAGGAACCAGCUGAGCAGCACAGGACCACAUACAGUCUCACUGAGUCAGUAGACAUGGAGGAAGGGAAGCCUGAUCUGCUACUAGUCAAAGAGGAGACAAUAGAGGAUGGACAAGAGAGCAUUAAUCUGCUGAGUGGACUAAAGAUGGGGGAGCAAGGUGGUUGGCUGGAGGCUAACAAAGGAGACUGGGUGGCCAUCUUGGAUACCCAAGCCAGUGCAGCCAAGAGCCCAGGGGACAACAUCAUUGAGCAUGCCAGGACCAGAUGUGACAUAGUGGAGGUCAAUGGAUGGAACAGCGUCCUUAAUUCUGGGCUGGGGAACAACACUGUUAACCAGAAACAGAAACAGUCGGUCGAAUGCAAAACAACAGCUGAACUUAGUCUUCAUGACAACAGACUGGCUGAGACCAGGGUGAGGCGUAGAUUUGGUCUGCGGGGACGGGGAGGUGUCUGUAUGAGAACAGCCACAGACUCGGCUAGCGAUGCUCCGUCCUGCUCCUAUAGUUGUGAUUCAGAGAGACUGAUGGCGCCUCAGGUUAACCCCCUAACAGGUGCUGCCUUCAGCCUGCCUUCUAUAGGAUCUAUCAACUGGAACAUGGACCCUGCGACAACACAGACACUCCCUGGCCUUUGUCCUCCUCACACUCCCCUAAUGUUAAACCAGACCUCAGACAAUGCCAAUGCCUCAACACUAAAUACCUACACAAGCCCAUUGACAAAUGACAGUAGUAGAGAUGGAAUCAGUAAAGGUGGCAUCGCCAAAGAUAAGUGUUUCCCGUGUUCGUUCUGUGGGAAAGCCUUCAGUUUCCCCAAACAGGUGGAGAUCCACCAGAGGAUGCACACGGGGGAGAAACCAUUCGGCUGCCACCUGUGCUGGGCCAGUUUUUCACACUCGUUCAGCCUGAAGAGGCACCAGAGGGUCCACACAGGGGAGAAACCAUUCAACUGCCCCCAGUGUGAGAAGAGGUUUUCCCACCAGCACCAGCUGAAGAUGAACCUGAAGGUCCACAUGGUAGAGAGACCGUUCGCCUGUACACACUGCGGGUUCUCAGAGAGGAGAUACCUCAGGAUACACCUGCAGAAAACAUGGUCCAUGUAUAGAGUAUAGUAACAUAUAGUACUAGUUAGUGUGUUUGUAGUUAAUUUUGUUGCUUUUGGAUUUAGUAGGGAACUGGAUGAGGUAAACUCCACCCAGCACUGCCAGAAGAGGACUGAGUUUUUCCUAGCCACUGUGCUUCUACAUCUGCAUUGCUUGCUGUUUGGGGUUUUAGUCUGGGUUUCUGCUGAUGUAUAAAGGGCUUUAUGAAUGCAUUUGAUUGAACUGAGGAAAGAAUGUGUAUGAUGAGGCAGAGUAGAUUAUAUGGUGCUGGAUGGUGUCAUGGUGUCUCGUAAAGAUGCUUCUCUACUGAAGAAUGACAAACUUAGUCCCUUUAGGUUGAUACUGGUGGUGUUAUAGUGAGAUCAGGAUGGUGCUUUGUAAUGUUGAACCUUUUCCAACGUAUUCUGAAAUUCAUUUUAUCAAAGUAAGGGUUCCAGAUUUACAGAAAAGGUCCAAUGGUACCAUAGUGAGAAAAGUUCAUCUACUUGUAUCGUUUUGUGCAAUAAAAGUACCGUACGUAAAGGU